CUUUACUUUGUUAACUCAUUAAACAAAACACAAUCUCUCUUUCGUCACCCCGUGUGAAAGGGUCACACUCGAGUUUCGCCUCUAAAUUUGAUUUGUGGAGUAACAUUUUUGUUUUGUGCAGAGCAUGUUAUAGAAUUAAGAUUAUUACCAUUAUGUGAAAUGAAACCGCUUUAAUUAAACUAUUAUAUUAACCUCUAGUCAGCAUUAUGCAAAACUACAUUUAAUGGCUUACUAGCUUUAAGAAGACUGCCAUCUAAUUAUUGUCAAAUCUGCAUGGGAAUGUGCUCCCACCCAAAACUAACAGAAGAGGGUAAAAAGGCCAAACUCCGGAGCUCCAAAAUCGAGCAAGACCUCUAUGAACAUGCCAGGAAUGAGAUGAACGUGGUGAAGAUCCUCAUGCUCGGAGCAGCGGAGAGCGGGAAAAGCACCCUGAUCAAACAGAUCAAGAUUAUCCACAGUCGGGGCUUCUCCGAAACUGAGCUCCUCAGUUUCAAGGCCGCAGUACUGGACAACCUGCUGACCUCUAUGAAGUUUGUUCUUCGUGGAAUGGGGACGCUCAGGAUCAACCUGGCUAACAAGAACAAUAAGACGUGGGCCCGCUCCAUCCUGUCCUGCGGUCAGUGUUUGGGGGACGACCAGGAACUGCUCCCCUUCGUGGCCCACGCCAUCUGCGCGCUUUGGGCCGACCAAGGGGUGCGAGCGGCCGCGGCCAGAGGUUACGAGUUUGAGCUGAACGACUCCGCGCUCUAUUUCUUUGAAAACAUUAGUCGAAUCAUCGCUCCCAAAUAUGUUCCCACGGAGACGGAUGUUCUCAGAGUGCGAGUGAGGACCUGUGGAAUCAUUGAGACGCAGUUUCAACUUAAUGAAAUGAUCUUUCGGUUGUAUGAUGUCGGAGGGCAGCGCAGUGAGAGGAGGAAGUGGCUCCGCUGCUUUGACUGUAUUCAGGCAGUGCUGUUCGUGGUGGCCCUCAGCAGCUAUGAUAUGACACAGGCAGAAGACCCUUCAGGGAAUCGACUGCAGGAAAGUCUUGAGCUUUUCAAAUCUAUCUGCACCAACACCGUCUUUAGGAGCACCUCACUGAUUCUGUUCAUGAACAAAACGGACCUUUUCCGGGACAAGAUCCUGCACUCUGGAAGGCAUUUGAGAUUUUACCUUUCUAGUUACAAAGGAGCAGACUGUGACGUGGACGCUGCGGCCCACCACAUCGCUGCCAUGUUCUCGUUGUGUAACUGCAGUCCAGCCGAGCCCGUCUACCAUCACUUCACCACCGCCACAGACACCACCAACGUGCAGGUGGUCUUCCACAUGGUCAUAGAUCAGGUUAUGAAGGGGAAUCUAGCAGCGGUCCAGCUGCUGUAAAAGGCCCCUGGCUUUUUAGAUUUUAAGUGUGUGUGUUGUCAUGCAGCGGUGGAAUUUUUAUUUCAUCAGUUUUUACCGUGAGCAAAUUAUUGCUAAUUUUUUUUGUUUUAACUGCUAUUUACUAUAAUAUUGAACUCUUAAUUAUUUUAAAACCUUUUAAAUAAAAAAAUAUGUAUAAGCCUG